AUGGAGAAGUGCGAUUGUGUUUACAAGGUCGGUGCCUCGACAAAAUGCACGAUCGGCGAGUUUGAUAAGCUCCGACCCGACUGUGUCACCAAAGAGUCGAGAUACAUGGACAUGGAUGGAACCGGAGUGGCCGUCGAGUCCGACGAGUUCAUGUUCAUCAGCGAGGACCUGGAUGUACCAUUUGCACGCUUGGGCGACUCUGGGUCUAUUGUCUGGGACACACAUGGAAACGCAGUGGGAUUGUUGUUUAGAGGACAACGUCCCAACCAGACCCGCGGCUGGUGCGUCUAUGUGACACCCAUCGAAGACGUCUUUGAGAGCAUCAAGGCCAAGUCAGGUAACAAGAUUCAGGAGAUUCGUUUUCUAGGCGAGCCCUAG